CUCUCUCCCCCGCAUCCCCGCAUCCCUAGCCGACCGCUCGGGCUGAGGGCCGGGCUAUGCAGCUGCGGGCGCGCGUCCCUGCGGCGGCGGUGGCGGCGUCCCUGGGGCCCUCGCCCCGUGCGCCUCCGCGCCCGCUGCGGGCGCCUGCUCCCUCGGCCGAGCAGCGUCUUUGUACGCGGGGGUGUGGGAGGCGAGGCGCGAGUCCGCGCCGCGCCGCCGAGUGCCCGCGCCCUCUCCGGGCGGGUGGGGGCCUCUCCGCGCAGCCCGCCGCCUCGCGAGGACGCCCGCGGCCCGCGCCGCCCGCACCGUUCCGGGCGCGCCACCCCCGCCCGCCGGCGCCGCUAGCACAUGCCCGAGCCGCAGCCCUGCGAGCAAGCAGCGCUGGCCCCCCGCCCCGCGGCUCCGGGCCCUGGCUCUGGCGCGGUCCCUCCUCCCGGGCCGGGCGCCGCGGCCCCGGCAUGAGGAGCGGGCGAUGAUCCCCGCCAACGCCUCCGCCAGGAAGGGGCCCGAGGGCAAGUACCCGCUGCACUACCUCGUGUGGCACAACCGCCACCGCGAGCUGGAGAAAGAGGUCCGCGCCGGCCAGGUGGACAUCGAGCAGCUGGAUCCCCGUGGGCGGACUCCCCUGCACUUGGCCACCACCCUGGGGCACCUCGAGUGUGCCCGCGUGCUCCUGGCACACGGCGCAGAUGUGGGCAGGGAGAAUCGCAGCGGCUGGACAGUGCUUCAGGAAGCUGUGAGUACCCGGGACCUGGAGCUGGUGCAGCUGGUGCUGCGGUACCGGGACUACCAGCGGGUGGUGAAGCGGCUGGCAGGCAUCCCUGUGCUCCUGGAGAAGCUGCGCAAGGCCCAGGACUUCUACGUGGAGAUGAAAUGGGAGUUCACUAGCUGGGUGCCCCUGGUGUCCAAGAUCUGCCCCAGUGACACCUACAAAGUGUGGAAGAGUGGGCAGAACCUUCGGGUAGACACCACACUUCUGGGCUUUGACCACAUGACGUGGCAGCGAGGGAACCGCAGCUUUGUCUUCAGGGGCCAAGACACGAGCGCCGUGGUCAUGGAGAUUGACCACGACCGCCGGGUGGUGUACACAGAGACCCUGGCUCUGGCUGGGCAGGACCGUGAGCUACUGCUGGCUGCUGCCCAGCCCACCGAGGAGCAGGUGCUGAGCCGGCUCACCGCACCCGUCGUCACCACGCAGCUCGACACCAAGAACAUCUCCUUUGAGAGGAACAAGACCGGCAUCCUGGGCUGGCGCAGCGAGAAGACCGAGAUGGUGAAUGGGUAUGAAGCCAAGGUAUAUGGGGCAUCCAAUGUGGAGCUCAUCACCCGGACACGGACAGAGCAUCUUUCAGAACAGCACAAGGGCAAGGUCAAAGGCUGUAAGACACCUCUGCAGUCCUUCCUGGGAAUUGCUGAGCAGCAUGGGGGCCCCCAAAAUGGGACCCUGAUCACUCAGACUCUGAGCCAAGCCAACCCCACUGCCAUCACCGCAGAAGAGUACUUCAAUCCCAACUUUGAGCUCGGCAACCGUGACAUGGGCCGACCCAUGGAACUGACCACCAAGACACAGAAGUUCAAGGCCAAGCUGUGGCUGUGUGAGGAGCAUCCCCUGUCCCUGUGUGAGCAGGUGGCCCCCAUCAUUGACCUCAUGGCCGUCAGCAAUGCACUUUUUGCCAAGCUCCGGGAUUUCAUUACCCUGCGCCUGCCUCCAGGAUUCCCUGUCAAGAUUGAAAUCCCGAUUUUCCACAUCCUCAACGCCCGUAUCACCUUCGGGAACCUCAAUGGCUGCGAUGAGCCGGUGCCGUUGGUGCGAGGCAGCCCCAGCAGCGAGACCCCUUCCCCAGGCAGUGACUCCUCCAGUGUCAGCAGCUCCAGUUCCACGACCUCGUGCCGCGGCUGCGAGAUCUCCCCCGCGUUGUUCGAGGCCCCACGCGGCUACAGUGUGCUGGGCGGCCAGCGAGAGGCCGCCACCCGCGACGACGAUGACGACCUGCUGCAGUUCGCCAUCCAGCAGAGCCUGCUUGAGGCGGGCAGUGAGUAUGACCAGGUCACCAUCUGGGAGGCGCUAACCAACAGCAAACCGGGCACUCACCCCAUGUCCUACGAGGGCCGCCGACAGGACAGGAGCGCUCCGCCCACGCCGCAGCGCCAGUCCACAACCCCCGCGGGCCUGGCGUCGGUCCCCAGCCCUCGGCCGAGCCCGCGCCCAGGCCAAGGCGGCCACGUGUUCCGGAGCUACGAUGAGCAGCUGCGGCUGGCCAUGGAGCUGUCUGCGCAGGAGCAGGAGGAGCGGCGGCGGCGCGCGCGCCAGGAGGAGGAGGAGCUGGAGCGCAUCCUGCGGCUCUCUUUGACUGAGCAGUAGCGCCCACGGCCGGGCCCCUUGGCCACGCCCCGCGGGACCCGCCCCGGAGCGAGAGUCGCCCCUCCUGCGCGCUCUCCGAGCUGAGUCCGCAGACCCGAACCGCCGCCUCGGGGGCGUAGCGGCGCACCCGGCACCAGAUGGGGAGGGGUUCGGCCCGGCCGUGGGGUACCUUCCUGGAGGCAGCUGGCACGGCUCCCCUGCUUUGCUGUAUCCUGACCCCACCCCACUCCCCCGGGCUCGGACCGGUCCAAGGGCGGAGCCAGGCCGUUUGAGGGGGAGACGGUCCUUAGAGGAGCACUGUCUCCAUCCCUUGCUCCUUCUGGCCGGUCCUCCUUUCUGCUCACUGACCCCACUCCAGGACACUGCCCGUGAAGCCUUUGCAUCUCCGCUCUUCACCCCUGGGGGGCAGCUGAGCUCCCCACGUGCUGUGUGGCUGCUUCGUCCUAGACACAAACCAGCACGUCAAGGGCCCAGCUCCUCCCCCACCCCGGCAUUUCAGCGUCAAGUGCACUUAGCGGGGUGCCCGGCUCCCCCAGCCCCCACACCCCUCCCGGGUCUCAGGGUGGUCCCAGCUUCUCUUUGGGUGACCAGAGGUUGGAGUCCCCAUCCCCAAGGCACGUUUUUGUGAUCAGGGAGGGUGCCCAAGGUGGCCCCAAGUCUGGGCAAGGCCUGGCUCCCUCGUGGUGUCUUGGCGAAUGGGGAGGCAUAGUGGGCGUGGGGCAAACACCAGACUGGACACAGGGGUCGCCCAGGGCCCUGGCACCACCAUCCACCCCUUCCCACCAGCUGCUGCUAGCCCUCUGUGGUUGUGCAUCCUACUUUCCCUCCACCCAGGGGCUGACUCCGAAACCCUUCAUCCAAUGGUGCUAACCCCCGGCUCUCCCCUGCCCCACCCCACCACCCAGAGAAGCACAGACCCCGCCAGGGGCAGGGGCCCACUGCACACCCUUGUCUGGGUUCUCUCGGACUGGCCUUCCUGGCUCAGCCAGUGAGGCUUGGAAGGGACACGAAAGCGAUGGAAGAAAACAACAAAGGGAAGCUGUUCCUCUCACCCUCUUCCCUGAUGCCAGGGGCACCAGACUGAUUCUGAGGCACAAAUAAAAGAGGCUUCAAACCCGA